AUGGCGGCAACACCAACUGCCUGGGGUUUAUCUCCAGCCCUUCCUUCUCUCUCGUCUCCAAUAACUAAUCCUCAUAAACCCAUUAAAGCCCUUCUUCAUCCCAACUUUUUCAGACCCUUUUCUUCUUCCAAGACAAACCCUGUCAUCGGCCUCUCCAGGUCCUUAGCCCAAGUACAAAACCCUCUCUGCUCAAGAAUUUCCCAUACGGCCGCUGUAGCGCCAAAGCGUGCCUAUAAGGUACUGGCUGUUUCUGGACUGUUGAAUGGCAAUUUUGAAACAGACGGAGAAUUGGAACAGAACAUUCCGAAUACGUGUGCAGGGUGUCUCAAGCAUCACAAAUUAGUUGAUAAUCUUGGCCUUGUGGUUGAGUAUGACUUAAGGAAGGAUAUCGAUGCGGACACAGAUAUGGAUAAAGUUUGA